GGUGUCAGUGGCGGGCCGGAAGGCGCCGCGCGGCGGUGGGCCCGCGCCGCCGCGGUAAGAUGGCUGCUGGCGGCCGCGGGGAGGGCUGGGGCGCCGCCACCGCCAGUCUGUGGCAGGGCCUGCGGGACAGCGCGCAGCGCUACUGUGGGAUGGCCCUGGAAGAGGCGCGCAGGGCUGUGGCAUCACUGCCUGAAGAUAUGAGACCUGGUCCUGAUCUGUAUGGUUUCCCUUGGGAAAUAGUGAUCUGUGCUGGCAUCAUUGGAGCCUUUACAAUUCUCUUGUUCCUGUAUAGAAGUUAUCAAUCAGUUAGAAGUCGACUUUAUGUAGGAAGGGAAAAGCAACUUGCCAAUAAAAUUGCUGAACUAGUUGAAGACAAAUGCAAAAUUCUUGAAAAACUGAGUCUUAGCAAAAAAGAGUUUGAAGACUUAGGCUUGUCCCUGACGGAUGGUAGUGUUAUGAGAGAAUCAGCAGACGCCUCUUUUCUUGAGGAAAUGCGUGAAGAACUGAACAAAUCAAACUUGGAUCUCAAGCAAGAAAUAGAGAAUCUAGAAAAAGAACUGGAAGAAGAAAAAUCUAAGCAAUCAGAAAAUGAUGCCUUGGUAGCUGAAAUUCAGAAGAGGGCAGAGUCUUUACAGAACGAAGCAAAAUCUCUCCAGUUGCAAAUUGAUGAGGCCAAGUCCACCCUAAAAGUGUAUCAGAUUAAUACAGAGAGACUCAAGACAUCCAUUCAAGAUGCAGUAGAGGAAAACUGCCAUCUCCAGGAAAGUGAGAAACAGCUUUUACAAGAAGCUGAAGGAUGGGAUGAACGUUUUGGUGAACUAAACGAACAAACUAAGAUGUUUGAAUCUUCUAAAGCUGAUAUUGAAGAAGUAUUGAAAAAUAAAGAGAGUCAAGUCAAGUCACUGACACAGUACUUACUGAAGAUGAAGGACUGGGGUUCAGCGAUAAGAGAAGAUGAUGACUCUGAAGAUAAUCACUGGGACGUCGAUAUAAGGGGUGAAACAGAGAAUGGAGAGCCCUUAGAUGAUCAGCAAAAACGAACUGUAAAGAAAUUGAUCUAUGCUGCAAAGUUAAAUGCUUGUUUAAAGACCCUGGAAACAGAAAGAGAUCAAAUGCAUUCAAAACUGUCUGAUGAAAAUAAAGCUAAAGAAGAACUAACAGAACGUAUAGAAAACCUUCAAAGUCAACAAGCUUCCUUGCAGUCUGAAAAUGAACGUUUCGGAAGUGAAGUUCAGAAGCUUCAGCAGAAACUUAAAGUGAUGACUGAACUCUAUCAAGAAAAUGAAAUGAAACUGCACAGGAAGCUGACAGUAGAAGAGAGAGAACGCCUACAAAAGGAAGAAAAGCUUUCUAAAGUAGAUGAAAAAAUCAAUCAUGCUGCUGAAGAACUAAACAGCUACAGACAGCGAGCAAAAGACCUUGAAGAAGAACUAGAAAGAACGAUUCGUUCUUACCAGAAUCAGAUUACUUCCCAUGAGAAAAAAGCUCACGAUAAUUGGCUGACGGCCCGAGCAGCUGAAAGACACCUCAAUGAUAUAAAAAAAGAAAAUGCACAUAACAGACAAAAAUUAACUGAAGCAGAAUUCAGACUUGACCUUUUAGAAAAAGAUCCUUAUGCUCUUGAUGUUCCAGUGAGACCAUUUGGCAGAGAGCAUUCCCCAUAUGGACCCUCACCAAUGGGCCGGCCUUCAUCUGAAACAAGAGCUUUUCUUUCCCCUCCAACUUUAUUGGAGGGUCCUUUAAGGCUUUCACCUAUGCUUCCAGGUGGAGGAGGAGGAAGAGGGUCCAGAGGACCGACUGCCAUGUAUGACAUCGGUAACGAAAGAGAGCUAAGUUCUGAUAGAUUAACUGAUCCCCACAGACCACCAUCAGAUACUGGAUCCCUGUCUCCUCCUUGGGACAGGGAACGCAGGAUAAUUCUGCCUCCGCCAGGUGAGCCUUACACUGAUGCAGUUCUUCCUCCUCGAAGACAAGAAAGAUUUUUCCCUAAUCCUCCAAAUACUGGAAGACUUUCUGGCCCAGCAGAACUACGAGCUUAUAACCUCCAGUCUUUUGAUAAAACAGAUGGACAGGCAUCUUCAGAGAACAGCCCACGACCAGAACCAAGCGGAAACGAGAUGAAAGAUCAUUCUAACUUUGGCGGCUCACUACCUGAUCCGUCACUGGCACCUGAAAGCGAAGCCAUGGGUUUGGGCUUUGCUCCUCCGCCUUUCCCUCCAGUGAGACCCCCGCUGCUGCCUGUGGAUCCCAGAGCUCCUUUCACGAGGCGAGGGCCGCCCUUCCCACCGCCCCCUCCCGCAGCUGUGUAUGGAGCACGUGACUGCUUCCCGGGGCAAGAGCUGGGGCUGCUGCGCCCGCCGCUGCCGCUAAGAAAUCCAUUUCCAUUGAGACCUUAUCCUCACUAUCCACCUCAACGACCUGGAUUUUUGCCUCCACCACCUCCUCCUGAAAACAGAAGUGAGCUGCCUCAGUCAAAUCCAUCAGCUGCAGAACCACCAGAAGCACAGCGGGAGGAUUGAUAGUCAUGUGAACAACACACUGAACCCUUUCUGGCAUUGUCCCUUACAUUAAGUAACUGUUGUUACUUAGAUAUAUAUAUAAGCUACUUUGCUCAAAUUGAAGCUUAAUAGAAAAUUCUCAGGAUAGUAUUUUGUAAAUAAAGAAUGAAAUAAUUAUUAAUUUUGUGAAUACGUGAUUUCCACUGUACAGUAGUCAUUUUAAUUUAAGUAUUUCUAACUUGAGUAUAAAAUUAAAUCAUGUGAACUGUAUUUUAAAAGUCCAGCUGCUUUGUCCUUGUUGAGCUGUACAGGGAAUCUCUGCAUGCCAAAAGUGAUGUUUGCUGCUUUACAAACAGAAUGUGAAAACAGAUUGAGAUGGUUAAUAAAA